AUGCCUUCGCCUCUCCCGUGGCGCCCUCACCUGCUGGGCGACCUGUCCCCAUCGUGGGACUCGCGGCCCUGCAGCAGCCCCUGCGAGCUCCCGGGGCCGGCAGGGAGGCUUUUCCCUGGGGCCACCCCGCCCCGGGCCCCGCGCCUUCCGCGCCGGCUGGCCUGGUGCUCCAUCGACUGGGAGCAGGUGCGCCUGCUGCGGAGGCUGGGAGCCGGGGGCUUCGGCUCCGUGUACAAGGCCACCUACCACGGCGUGCCCGUGGCCAUCAAGCAGGUGAGCAAGUGCACCAAGAACCCGCUGGCCUCCCGGCGCAGCUUCUGGGCCGAGCUCAACAUCGCCCGGCUCCGCCACGCCAACAUCGUGCGCGUGGUGGCGGCCAGCGCGCGGGCGCCCCCCGGCUUCGACAGCCUGGGGACCAUCAUCAUGGAGUUCGGGGGCGACGUCACCCUGCACCAGGUCAUCUAUGGCGCCGCCGGCUGCCCCGAGGACCACGAGCCUCCCUGCGGCGCCGGGGAGCGGCUGGAUUUGGAAAAGUGUCUCAAGUACUCCCUGGAGGUGGUCAGCGGCCUGCAUUUCCUGCACUCACAGGGCAUCGUGCACUUGGACCUCAAGCCGGCGAACAUUCUGAUCAGCGAGCAGGACGUCUGCAAAAUCGGUGACUUUGGUUGCUCCGCGAGGCUGGAAGACGUGCUGUGCUUGCGGACCCCUCACCACCUGGGCGGCACCUACACCCACCGGGCCCCGGAGCUCCUGAAAGGUGAGCCCGUCACGCCCAGGGCGGACAUCUAUGCCUUCGCCAUCACGCUCUGGCAGAUGACCACGCGGGAGGCGCCCUACUCCGGGGAGCCUCAGCACGUGCUCUACGCCGUGGUGGCCUACGACCUCCGGCCCGCCCUCUCGGCGGCUGUCUUCACCGCCUCCGCCCCGGGCAGGAAGCUGGAGAGCCUCAUCCGUUGCUGCUGGAGGGCCCGGGCUUCGCAGCGGCCAAGUGCAGAACUCCUCCUGGUGGACCUUCGCGCUUUCAAAGCUGAGCUGGGCUGA